AUGGCCCACAUUGCUGCUUGUAUGGCGGGAAACCGUUCCAGCAUUUCACUUCAGACCAUCGCCAGGAGCGAGUCGCCAAUGCCAUCUAAUUCUGGCUCACCCACGCCUUCUCACCCGUUGAGAAUGCAGCAGGGACAGGAGCAGCCAAAAAGAUACCAGUUCUUCCCCCGAGAGACUCAGCUUCCAGUUCUCAAUAGCAACAAAGCCCUGGAUCCCGAGAAGGCAUACGCUUUUGCAAUGGCUCAAAAGGUCAAUCGAUCCGAGAGGCAAGCCGGCUCCCCAGGGCAACGAUCUGGUGCCAGCUCAUCCCUGUCUAUGCGACGACGCAAACCUAGCGUGCCAGACAUUGAACCCGUCCCUACUUUCAUAGACAUAGACAAGCCAAUGGAUUCCCCCACAAUCCCCGGGCGACCGCCGCUGCAUGAGAGGUCGAAUAGCGCGCCUGGAGGCGACGGGAAGGAGUCUAUCGAGAGGAAGCCAAGGGUUUAUCACCAAAUGGAAAGAGAUGAAAGUGCCACCUCACGAACCAAGCCUCUCGAGAAGAAGCGUUCAGUUUCAAAUCGCCGGGGAGCGUCGCCAAAACGCCUCGCCCCCAUUGUGAUUCCUCAAUUUGUUUCGAAACCUCGCAGAUUACUAUCCAAAAGGUCCUUCAGUCACCUUCGAUCAGGGAGUGUGUCCGAUGAGAGUUUAAGAUCCAACCAGUUAACCCAGCAGUCGAAUGGGCGAAGCCCACCCACUCCUCCAACUGCGUCCGCCACGGAUUUGACCAGUCCAUACUCAGCAGCUACUCCUCAUUCAGCAGCCACUCCGCACUCAGCACGCCUAAACCCAUUGCUCACAAAGCCUUUGCCCACGCCGAUGUCAGCUCCAGCAUCCCAGUCGCAAUGGGCAUCAAGCAGACCUUGGGCCGAAGUGUCUACUCCGGCGCCAGUGGAAGAAGAACCAGCUCAGUCAGCCUCGCAACCAGCAGUACCUAGCAAAUCUCACCCAACCUCAUCCCAACAUCACCGACGAGGGGCUUCUGAAUCUAUCAUGGACCGAGGCCGCCCCAGAAAACGAACCAGCUCUCGAAAUAAAAAUGGAUCCGAGCCUCGACAAUCCGUCGCUGUCCCGGAGGAGACCAUUACGCAAACUACAUUCGACAAGCUUCCUAGUGGCUCACGGCCCGAACACGCAGCGGCCAACAUGACAACAAGCCAAGCUGCCAGCCUGCAGAGACAAGCAUUGCGGCAAGCAAUGCAAUUCGAGGUGCUUAGUGCUGGGGAUGUGGAAGCACUCUCAAAGGAGCUUCAUCGAUUGGAUGAAAGAACCCAGUAUCUCCGCAAUACAUACAACUCAAUUCGGGCUGGGCGACGUAAUUUACAGGAGCGAAUUUGCCAAUUUCAUCGUAUUGCCCGUGUGGCCAAGUACAGCUGCGACACCAUGCUAAAACAGGAAGAGGCUCUGGCAGACCUCGAUGCCUGCAUUGAUGAAUGGGUGAACAAGUUGGAACGAGCCGAAGACCGCCGCACACGAAUCAGACAGAAGCUGCUUGAGCAUGUUGCAGCAGCAGCGAUCAUGUCUAUCCCCGAUCUGGUGAAGACGACAGUGACAGAGGGGAGCGACGAUACCUCUGAACAAGCAGCGGAGAACCACACGCCUACGUUACACGGAAUUUUCACGCCACCCAGGUCACCAUCAAGGAAUGCAUCUCCAGCCAGCUCUGCCUCGCCGCCCCGGUUGGCCGCGCAUGUACCUAGCACAAUCCUGGAACAGCCUGUUGUGGAAGCAGAAGAAGAAGAGAGCUUCAACGAGACCCAGGUGCAGGCUUCUUCAGCAUCUGUGGUAUCCACCUCCUCGAAGCGUGAAGAGAUUCAGAGCAUUCGAGUGUACGCCGGUGACGAUAUUUACACAUUGCUGGCCGAUGUGGAGAGCGAGAUGACCAAGAUGAGACACAGCGUGAAUGAGGCGAUUCGCGAAGCUCUGCCGGAGACAGAGCAAACUCCGGAACUGGAGCAUGACAGGAGCGCUGAACUACUUUGCGGGCUCGAAGAAUUGACAAUUCCCGACCUUGUGGGGAGAAGGAGAUCUCUUAGCAGCCCUCUCCCCAAUUCACCACCAGCGCCUCCCCCUCCCAUCAAAGACUUUCCUAUUAAGAAGAGAUACUCACGAGAUGUGAGUUCUAUGUUAUAA